AUGUUUUUCUUAAUUAUUAAUAUAGCUAUACUUUUACCUUUUACAUCGAUAUUUAAUUUUUACAAUGAUAUGAGUAAAUUUAACAAAAUUAUAGAUGAAAUCCUCAAAGAGAAUAGAAAAUUAGACGAAAGAACUAAUCGAUUACUAGUAAAAUAUAAAGGGGAUAAUGAAGCACAUAUUGUAUGUUUGAAGGAUAUACAAAAUAAUAUAGAUAACAAAAAAAAAGAUGUAUCUAAUAAUGAAAAAGAACACAAAACAAAAGUGAAGCAAUCAAAUGGAAGUUCAUCAAGGAAUGUGGCAAGCAAUAAACAAUAUAAAAAAAAUAAUUCUUGUAUAUUUGAAACGAAAAAAUAUUCUCAUUUAGAAAAAAAAAUAUUCAACGAACUUGAUUAUAUAGAUUUUCUUAACAAUAACAGGACAAUUACUAAUCAAAUGUAUAAAAAAAUAAUACUUAAAAAAUUCUCAUUACGAGUCGCUUUACCUUUAUUGUUGUUCUUAUUAUUAUUAAUAUCACUCAUAUUAGAUAAAUCGAUGAAUCGUGGUCUUGCAAAAGGUUUGUUUGAGCUAACGCAUUUGUUCUAUGGAGGAAAAGGAUGGUACAAUGCUUUACAUCAAUGGUUAAAUGUUUCCCCUUUAUCUGGGUUCUUCCGGACUGCGAAAAAGAUAAAAUAUACAGUGCUAAUAGGGAGCGCUAAGACGACCAGAGAAACAUAUCUUUAUGUAUUUAAUUUUUUUGACUUUAUAAUAUAUACUCUACCUUUAUUUAUAUUAGGUGUCAUGCUUAUAUUAGGAGUUUUUUAUUACCAUAAGAAAGUUAAGAAAUAUAAUAAAAUUAAAUUUAGAAAAAGGUAA